GCUGGCAUAGAGACCUCGGCAGUAAGACUUUAUUCUUUUCUCUGUGAGAGUGAGCAACAAUGAAAGCAAACAAUUACUUUUAUUUUGUGUGCAUUUUAUUAAGUGUGCUGGAUAGUUUUAUGUGCAGUGCAUCUAAUGGGAUAGAAUUUAUUGAAAACAAACAUCAGUCACUUAAGGAUUCACCAUCAUAUUUACUUUCAGAAUCUGAAGAUGCUCAUAAUUUUAAAAGGUAUUUGAAUUUUCAUGGAAUUCUACUAGACCAAACACCAUCGAGUUCAGAAUUAUUGGGGCCAAGUAUUGAUUUAGAUUACACACAUUUACAAGAAGAUACUUCAGGAAAACAAAGUCAUGGUAUUUCUAGUGAUUCACGUGGUUUCUACAAUGAAAAUGAUGCUGCUAGAGCCACAGGACGUCUUGGAUUUUUUGGAAGUUCUGCAAAACAGGGUGCAUCUGGGCAUAUGUCUGAACAUGCUUAUGAUGGCCUUCAGAGAAGAGUUCAUCAUGAUUCAUCUGACAGAAACUUUUACAAUGGUAUUUCUGGAGCACAUGCUGAUAGACGGUUUGGAGGUCUGUACAAUGGUGGUCAUGAAUUAAAACAAAAAGGGCUGGCAGCUGCUGCAGUUGGAUCUAAUGGUUCACACCGUAAAGGCCAUCACUCAUCAGGUUUUCAUAAUUCUUAUCAUAAAGAUGAAUCAGGAAACAAUACAACUUUCUACGAUGAUUCUGCAGAUUUUGGUGGACAUUUCUUCUUAGGUUCCCAAGAUGGUUCAUAUAUGAAUCAAGCGGAUGAACUGUAUGGAGGUAACUAUAACCACGGUGCUUUCAAAGACCAAAUUAAAGGACGGCAAAGCAACUAUGGUCUUUCUAAUGCGUAUGAUGCUGUUAAUGGUCAUAAACAAAAUUAUGGUCAGGGUCGUUUCUUCGAUAAUGCAGCCGGUUAUGCUGAAGAGGAGCAAGCUAAAAACAGUGAGCGUGCUUUGUUUACUGGACGGAAUGGUGAUUCAAAAACCUAUCAUGGGGCAAAUAUAAACCAUGAGCAGCUUUAUGGUGGAGUUUUGAAGCCUAAAUUACAUUCCACACUUGAUGAACCCGAACAUAGAAACAGUUUCUCGAGUGAAAAACGUAAUUAUUAUCCAGCUGAUGGCCGAACUUACGCGCUACGGAAAAGACCAAGCGACAGUUUAAGUGACUAUGGUAUUGACGAUGGGGCAAGGCAAUAUUCUAAACAGUACGAAUCAAGUGCGAGUAAAUAUCUUAAACCACAAACUUCUGCUGAAAUCGGAUACUAUGGGACUUAUAGAGGUAUUACUUACUGAACAGCUGUCAAAUGGAAAGGUACUAAAUUUUAACAAAAUGUGUUUAGUGCGUGGGAGUUUUGUGAAGUAAUUUAACGGCUGCAAUUCUUUCUACGGCUAUCACAAUCUGUAUUCCAGAAAACCAGUCACAAUUUCUUUUAUCGAGUACUUGUAAAUUUUGCUGUUAAGUAAUGUGUUCUACUGGAAAUUUUUUGUGUCGUCAUUGAAGGAAAGCUUGAUAUUGUAACUACUGUUAAUUUUUUAUGUGCGUAAAUAUGCAAUUUUGUUUUAUACUUUGAUAUCACUGUCAACUAUUUAAUUUUCAAUAAAUUAAUUAGCAGCAACUUU